AUGUCCAAUUCCAGCGACUCCAGUCCCGGAAACUGGAUUACCGGCAGCUACACCGGUAACAGUGAUGGAGUCAAGAUCACCAUCGCGACAUUUGUCGGCGUCGCCUGGUAUAACGUUCUGGAACUGAUCGUGCUCAUCUUCCUCACCUUCAAACGCUAUGAAGGCCCCUACUUCUGGAGCAUGCUGAUCGCCAGCGUCGGCAUCCUCCCGUACUCCGUCGGCUACCUGAUUAAAUUCUUCGACCUGACCUCGGCAACCUGGGUUCCCGUUACGCUAUUAACGAUCGGGUGGUGGACGAUGGUAACCGGACAGUCCUUCGUGCUAUAUUCGCGACUACACCUGGUGAUUCAGAACCUGCGCGUUUUGCGCUACGUGCGCACGAUGAUCAUCACCAAUAUCUUCCUGCUGCACGUCCCGACCACCGUGCUGACAUACGCGGCCAACUUCUCCAACUCGCGCACCUCCGUCGACGGCUACGAUAUUAUGGAAAAGUUGCAGUUGACGGGCUUUUGUGUGCAGGAGGUUAUUAUUUCCGGACUAUAUAUGUGGGAGACAAAUCGCAUGCUGCGCUUGAAUCAAGACCACGUCAGUCGCAAAACCAUCAUGCAGCUGCUCGCUGUCAACGUCUCUUGUAUCCUGAUGGAUAUCGCGUUGAUGAUCAUCGAGUUCAUGAACUUCUACAUCUACCAGACCACUCUCAAGGCUACCUUGUACAGCAUCAAGUUGAAACUCGAGAUCGCCGUGCUGGGCAAGCUGGUCAAUAUCGCGCACCAACAUAUGUGGCGAUCUUCUUCUUUCAACACUGCCGGUGGGCAGUAUCCGUCCUUUGUCGACCCGAGUCGUGCCUUGCAUGACUUCAACCACGCAGACUCGCUGGCUACCAGCUCCGGGUCGAAAGGUCGUACGUCCGGAACUGAAGCACUGGAACCCGGUGUCCCAUGA